AUGAAUCAUGAUGCCAAUGUCUGGGCAGAAGAGGCCUCGCACAGCUCUGUAUGGGAGACUUCAACAGCUUACGACGUCGACGCGCCGGGGAAGCAGGACAUCAGGCCGCUGGAGGAGAGAACAUGGGAAGCGGAGGCCACACUUGAGAAGAAGACUGAUUUUGACGAGGAAUCUGCAGAAGCGGCAGACGAUGAAGGCAACUUUGGAGACUUUACAGAUGCCAUCGAGGACGAAGUGCCAGUGCUAGACCCGCUCCUCGAAGCAGUCUUUGCAUCUGAUGUGUUCCCGAGCCCAUCAAACGUGUCGUCCUUUGAUACUAAUGGGCUUAAUGUGCCGCCGCUCACCAUCGACUCGACAGCAGCGACUUGGACACGCCUAACAACGCUUAAAUCUCUCAGUCUUAUCCGCUUCAACGGCAGUGCCAUCCAACGCGAUGUCAAAGCAAUCGUCGAACGCUGGCUAGCUCUUGAACAACAGCAAAAACCAUCCUGGACGCGUCCGCAUCAACGCAAUUCACGCGUCAAGGCAAGAGAAUCAAUUGGUGCUGCGGUGUUUGGUUGGACGAGUACGGCUGUACCACCUUCCUCACGAGGGUCUUCGAGGAGUGGUGCUGUGAGUCGUGGGGGUAGUACACCUGCGUCCACACCGUUGACGGCAGUCUUUUCAGCGGUUGAUACUGCUGCAGUCCAAGCAGAGCCGCCAAUUGAAUCAGCCAUGGAAAGUCGUCUCCCGCAACAAGCCCCUGCACCCAAAGAAAAUACGCCGACUGUGGCAGCGAUUCCGGUCAGCCAAGCAAAUGCUUGGGACUUGUCCUUCUUUGAAAAGCCCGUCACGUCUGCCCAGCAAGCAGGUCGCGUGCAGCGAGUCGAUCUAAAAUGGACGAUACAAUAG